AUGGAAACGGAGAGUAAUAGCAAGCUUCCAUUUUUGCGCACUCAGCUGCUCAACAAACGCACACAUGUUGAGACUAAAGUGUACAUUAAACCCACAAAUACUGGCCUCCUGCUGAAUUGCAAGAGCCAUGUAGACGACCGGUACAAACUCGGGUUACUCAAAACUAUGCUUGAUCGAGCAUUUCGGCUUUCAUUUAAUCGGUGUUACUUCUCUGAAGAAUGUGAUCGACUGAAAUUAUUGUUUUUUCGACUGAAAUAUCCUGACAAACUUGUCAACUCUACUUUUUCCACGUUUUAUUGCCGCCAGAGCAUCGGAUCAACCUGUUUCGUCACCGACUAUCAGCGAUCGAACAGAUCCCAUCCGUGCUGUCCAACCGUUUAA